AUGACGAAAAAUAAAAACCGUGACAUCAAGACGAUGGACGAGACGAUAAUGGAACGGAGACAUGACGAAUACGGGUAUUUUCCUCGAAUGAGAUUAGAGUUCCGGAUCGAGACGAACCGUACGAGUUAUAAAAACCAUGAGCCAUUAUCAAAACUGGUACUUAGCGAUCAUAACGAUAAUUGACCACUAUAAUGUUUUGUUUUUAAAAUUUUUGAUUACCUAUGUUUGUAAUAUUUUUAGUUUGAAACCGAACAAAUAUCGAAAAUGAUUCACAAUCUGAAAUGGAGUUAAGUACUCGGUGAAAUAUUUUCAGUGACCGACGAGACGGUAGCGGAGAAAUUUACACACAUGUUGUUGACUUGCCGCCGGAAGACGAAAACAUUUUUCGACGAGCUCUCGAUUUGUGUCUACUUACGAUCGGAGUGAGAAUAUCGUCUACAAAUCCGACGUCAUUGUGCCUUAUCGAGCCUUAUCAAAUAUCAAAUGGUCGAACCGUUUGUCGUUAUCGUAGUAUACACGAUGAUCAUGUUUACGUUGUCCACGCCUGCAGCCAAACAAACCGCACUUGCCGUUGCCCCUGGCUCCAACAAAGUUCACAUUUAAGACGGUAAAUAAUUUCAACAGAGACAAACGAUCCGGACGUACAGAAGCCGCAGUUUUGCAUGCCAUCAUAAUGCGGCCGACUGGGAAGCAAUUAUUAGAUAUUUUCGGUCAAGCCGCCUGUAUCACAAAAGAAAUUAUCUUACCGGCUAAAGAUUUAACAGAAUCAGAUGUCUAUCAAUUUACGAAAAUCCACGGAAUUCAAAAGGAGUUUAGAGCAUGA